AUGAUGCACGACUCCUGCGGUGUCCAAAUGGCGAGGACGCUGAAGCACGCAGCCCUCUGCCUGAUGCUGCUGCCCCGCUUCCUGCUGGCCGCCGUCAUGCUGUGGCUCCUGGAUUUCUUGUGCAUUAGGAAAAAAGUCUUGCUGAAAAUGGGAGAGGGACAGGACAGCCCGGACGACCCACCGGUGUGCGUCUCUGACUCCAACAAGAUGUUCACCUUGGAGUCUCUCAGGGCGGUGUGGUACGGACAGAAACUGGACUUUCUCAAAUCUGCGCACCUCGGGAGCGCUGCGCCCAACACCGAGGUGAUGCUGAUCCACGAGCGGAGGCAGGUCCGGAUCCUGGACUGCAUGAAAGGGAAGAGACCGCUCAUCCUCAACUUUGGCAGCUGCUCCUGA